UAUACUAACCGCAAAUAAAUAUACUGUUCAUCAAAACCCACACUUAGAGUCAGUUUGUUUGCAGGAAAACAUUACCUGAUUUUCCAGUGUUUGUUUGACUAAAAACAUUUUACAUUUGAAAAAUAUUUUCCAAGACACGGGUGAAAAUGGUUUACGAAUUUCAUUUCUGUAAAACAUUUUCCAGUUCCUCCUUCAUCCAGGUAAGGCUCCUUCUCCUUCUUCCGUUCUUCAUUUCUUUUCCUUCUUCCGUUCUUUAUCUUCUCUUCCAGGUAAAAGUCCGUCGCAUAUCUUCUCUUCUCAGCAUAUUCUGUUUCAUUUCCUCUCUUUCUCUCUUUCUCAUGCAAAUCUACCAUGAAUUCUUCGCUGGUUCUUGGCUUAAGCAGCUACACCUAUAGAAGGUGAAACGAAUAGUAAUAUUUUACCUUUGAAAAAGAAAAAAGUUAACCAAAAAGAUGCUAUUGUCAAGCCAGAGCCCAUCAGACAGAUCAUGACCGAUCGGGAGAAGCAUAAUUUAAGCACAGAAUUAGAGUCUUUGUUGGGAGAAUUGCCUGAAAACAUUGUUGACUUUCUUAAAGAGCAGAGUUCUAGUGAUGGUCAAAUGGGUGAGGAUGAGAUUGAGAUCGAUAUUGAUGCUCUAAGUCAUGAAACAUUGUACAAAUUGUGUAAACUUUUGGAUGACUAUUUGCUGGAAAAGCAGAAAAACCAGGCAAAAGCUGAAUCUUGUGAAAUGGAGCUUCUUAAUGAGUCAGGGUUUAGCAAUUCAUCAAUGCAGUCGUGUAAAGGUAAUGAUUAAGUUGAUGAGGUCGUAGAUAUAGUUGGUAGCAGUUACCCUCCAGUAGCAAUAGAGAAGGGGUUAACCCAUAGAAAUAGUAGAUGCAAUAGUUCCAGCGGAUCCAGUGGUGAAUCAGGCCCUUCUUCUAGUGGUUUGUACAAUUAUACUGUAGUGAACUUCUCCUUUAUUUAUUUAUUAUGCUUAAGAGAUCUUGUUUCGAGCAAUUGUUGUGUGUUUGAGCAUGAUGUUUCUGCUUUAUUAUUGAAGAAAACUUAAAAAGGAAAUAUAUGUUUUGGAUAUGGGAAAAUAUAUGUAUGGAAAAAAUUCUAUGUGAAAGUUAUCUCUA